GCAGCGAACUCAGUCCUCUUCUGCCUCUUAUUCACUCCCCGGACAUGCCAUGUCGGCCACUGCUAGAAUUCUGAGGAACAUUACAGCCUCCUCAUCAAGAACACUUCUCAGGCGUUCCCCAAGUAUCGCGCUCGUCAGGCAUUGCAGGCACUUUGCUGAAGACGCGGCUGCGACCACCGUCCCCGCGGAGGAGGAUGUUCAAAGUGUACCAGAGACCAAGGAGGGUUGGUUAUGGGUCGACUCUGUCUUUCCAAUCAGCUUGGGCCGACUGGAUUUACGGAGAUACGUUGGCUACGCGCGCGAGGAUACUCUUUUGGAAAGGCUUCGCGCUCUUCUCGUUAAGGUCAAUACCCAUGGCUUGGAGAUAGUCUCCCUCGAAUCCCAUAUCAAGGACGGCGGGGUCUUCGUCAAGUUCAGGUACAGCGCCGCCGAUCCCGAAAGUGCCCAACAGGCAAUACUGGACGACCUACGGAAGUAUGUCCACUCGCAUGGGGGAGUGCCGUCAUGGUUUGGAUUGCCUCAAGGAGAGCUUUGGCUUGUGAGGGGCACACCCUGGCGGGAGGACAUGAAUAGGUUCGUCUCGUCUAUAGUCAGGGUAUCAUUUGAAGGUCCCGACUUGUCGGACGAAGCAUUGUAUCGUCUCCUUCGGCCAUAUGGCCGUAUAUUGGAUAUCACACCUCCUUCCCCCGUCCCAGCUGGAAGCAUGAGGUCGGCUCAGAUCUCCUUCCGUCACUUACGUUCUGCGACUUCCGCCCGAAAUACCAUACACUCCCUGAACAUCCCGACGUCAUCGGCAUCUACUGUCCUACGGACAUCUUACGCUCAGCCUAUAGCAGCUCAUGCUGUGCGAGACUACAUCGCGAGUCACCCUAGGAUCUUCCUCCCCGUCCUGUUCUUCCUCUUGGGUACUGUCACAUAUGCUAUAUUUGACCCAAUCCGCGUGUUCAUGGUGGAGGGGAAGGUCAACGACUGGUUUGAUUACAGACAAUACAAGGUAUAUCAGUGGCUCCGGGCCAAUACUCUUGACUACCUCUCUUCUCCGUCUGCGGAAUCCGAAGCUCAGCUAGGCCUCGCAGCGCAAGGUGGCUGGAAGGAGAGGAGGGAAGCGGAGGAAGCUCUCGAGAAGUAUCUGGCGGACUUCCCUACCACGUUGGCGUUCAUGCAUGGGCCCCAGGGUAGUGGCAAAACGCAAUUGCUUUCUAGGCUUCUGAAGGACUCCGGUCGGAAAGCAAUCGUCAUUGACAUAGCUCAGCUGUCGAAGGCAUCCUCGGAUACGGCGCUUGUGGCUGGUCUUGCCAAUCAAACGGGGUACUGGCCUGUCUUCUCCUUCCUCAAUUCCGUAAACAACGUUAUCGACAUGGCCAGCGUCGGUAUCAUCGGCCAGAAAGCCGGCUUGAGUUCAUCUCUUACCGAUCAACUGAAGGAUAUCUUGGACGUCGUGGCUCGUGGCUUGUCCCGUGGGAACGCCUCUCAACACGCCCGCCGUGAAAAGGCUGUGAAGCAAGCCGAGCGGGACGCAGAAAAGCUCAAGGAGGAAGAGGUAAUUCGCGAAAGGAUCAAGAAGGGUCUGUGGCACGAUGGACGGAUUGACGCUGUCUGCGGUAAUGGGGUCAUGAGUGAGCUCGGCGUUGGCGUUGAGCCCUUCAAGGACUUCGAAGCCGACCCAUUGCCUACGGUGGCGCUCGAGAGUCAAGCGGAGGGCGAGAGGAGGAAUAUCAGAGAGAAAGACGAGGCUUCGAACGCUGGCAGAGACUUCACGCAGAAGCAGAAACGCUCCGAAGACACGCAGACCGUAGAUACACUGCCCGUCGUCAUCAUCAAGAACUUUGAGUCCAAGGGCGGCGGCGCGCGGAAGGAGGAGCUGCUCAACGUGCUCGCUUCAUGGGCCGCGAGCUUAGCCGAGAACCAGAUCGCGCAUGUCGUUGUGGUCAGUGACAAUCGCGAGAACGUUAAAAGGCUGGCAAAAGCCCUCCCUUCGAAGCCGCUCAACCAGAUCAGCCUGUCCGAUGCCGACAACGCCAGCGCGCUUUCAUUUGUCAAGCAGAAGCUGCAUGAUAGCGGCGUGGACGUACAGUUCAAUCGUGACCAGAUCUCGUAUAUUGAGCGAUUGGGUGGCCGAGCUAGCGACCUCGAGAGCCUCGUUCACAAAGUCCGCAGCGGCAUGUCCGUUGAGGAGGCUGUCGACGACAUCGUCAUUCGUGGCGUGAGCGAGUUGCGUAAGAACGCCUUCGGAGACGACGUUGAGGACGCGAAGAAUCUCGCGUGGACAAGGGAGCAGGCAUGGAUUUUGGUGAAGCAACUUGCGAAGCAGCCGGAGGUCUCCUACCACGAGGUCCUCAUGGACUUCCCCUUCAAGGGUGACGAGACCCCUUUGCGGAGCAUGGAGCACGCCGAGCUCAUCACUAUUGGCACUGUCAACGGACGGCCGUCCACGAUUAAGCCGGGCAAGCCUGUAUUCAGAUGGGUCUUCGAGCAAUUAGUUAAGGACCCGACAUUCCACGCUACCCAAGACAUUGCGUUCAACCAAAAGAUCAUUGCAUCGUCGGAGGCUACGGUCCAGGCAUGUGAAGCUGAGCUGCUCACGCUCAAGGACAUCGACGCGGGUACCGCCAGCUGGUGGGGCUCUAAACGUGCCGUCGAAAUGCGCGAGAAUUACCUGCUCAAGAAGAUGCGCGCAGCCGAGGAGAAGGUUGAGAGCCUGGAGAGGCAGAACGCCCAGCUCAAGAAGGUGCUCGUAAAGGCUCGCCAAUGAGGUUCGGUUGGCUGGUUGGGGCCACGGACCCUUUCGGUAAACAUUACUACAUACUAAGUCAGAUUGAGGCUACUCACCUCUCUAUACUGUCACUGUAUCUCACGCAUGCUCGCAAUAGGACUUCGGAAGUU